GUGAAAAAAUUACUCCGUGAUUCAAAACAUAAUAUGAAAGCCUGACAUUUAAAACGUUCUUGUUCAUUGAUUAAUGUGUUAUGUGAAUCUCUUGAUCUGAGCCACCAAUCCAGGCCUGAACGUGAAUUCAGUAUUUAAAACCAGUAAGGCAUAAAUAAUUGCAAUUCAAAAACAUUAUGACCUCUCAGUAGUAGCUGUGAGAUAAGUCCCCAAAUGUCUUUGGGAUGUAAAACCUCUUGAGACUGUAGGCCAUUGACCCCAACGCUGAGUGUGGUCAGUCUCUGAAGGAAUGUUUGUCCUCGGUAAAGCGCUCUAGUGGGAUCUUAUAGCAGGUGGCCGAGAUUCCAUUAAAUAGUCUACAUUUCGGACACUACCCUGCGGAAAUUAUUUUAAUGACAUUACCAGAUGGAAACAGACCUUUCCGUCACUGCGCGUGGAUGAAGUCUUUUUGCAACGCCUGCCGUGGUCAAAUUUGUGUCGGUUGUGGCAGACUCUGGCGCGCACUUCCUUCAAAGGGGGAUGUCUAACUGUUGAUGGAAUCCAGCUGUUGUCAAAAUACUCUGGGGCCCCGUUUAUUUGCAUUGCUAAACAAUCUGCAGAGAGUACGGAGUGUCUAGAAACAGAACAGUUCGUAUUGUAAGACACUCCCCCUUUACUUGGUCAAUGCACUGUUGCUUUAGGUCGACGGAAGAGAGUCUAACCAAAGCCAGGUGUUGGUUUUCGCGUUAACACGCUGACUUGGGGAGGCGAGGACGCCACUUUUACGCAUUGAUCCUGUACGUCUGUGGUGGUAGUGCGGAUUUCUGCACUUUUUUACAGUACGGAAUUUGUGGGCAGCUUUAAACGUGCUUUCAAAGGGGAUCCCAAGGAUUCAUAAAAAAAACAUGUUAUUUGCCAUACGUGGCUCGAGUUCCCCGCCAUAUGAGAGAAUGCUGACAGUUCUUGUUUUUGCAUUAUGUUGCAUUCACUCUGGAAAAGGUCAGACUUGCACUGAAGGUUUCUCGUAUGACCGGCGUUCCAGGCAAUGCAUUGAUGUCGAUGAGUGCCGGACGGUGCCAGAUGCCUGUCGGCUGGAUAUGCGCUGUGUCAAUCAGAACGGUGGUUACUUAUGUCUCCCCCGGAGCUUGUAUACGCAGUCCUAUGCCAGGCCAGAGGCCCCCGCCUACCCUGAGCCAGUUUACCCCGACACAUCUGUGGGCUUAAGUGAGCCCCAGUUUGCUCAGCCACCUCCGGGGCCCGUGGCACCGAGCUACCCCAUAGUGAGCCGCACAGCGCCCUGCGUCCUUGGCUACACGCUCGGAGAGGAUGGCACCUGUGUUGAUAUUGAUGAGUGCGAGGCGAACACUCACCAGUGCAACCCCACCCAAGUGUGCUUUAACACAGAUGGAGGAUACACCUGCUCCUGCACAGAAGGCUACUGGCUUGUCAGUGGACAGUGUCAAGAUAUCGAUGAGUGUCGCUAUGGUUACUGCCAGCAGCUGUGUGCCAACGUGCCCGGGUCGUACUCCUGCACCUGCAACCCCGGUUUCCUGCUCAACCCUGACAGCAGGACGUGCUCAGAUGUUGACGAGUGUGACGAGGAGCCGUGCUCUCACGCCUGCUUCAACACCUACGGCUCCUACAUGUGUAACUGCGACGAGGGCUUUGAGCUAGGGUCUGAUGGCACUGCCUGCAAUGAUCUGGAUGAGUGCAGCUUCUCAGACUUCCUGUGUCAACACACAUGCGUGAACACUCCCGGUUCCUUCUCUUGUGUCUGCCCACCGGGGUAUUAUGUGUUUGAAGAUGGCAGAAGUUGUGAAGACCUCAAUGAAUGUGACACUGGUAACAACACGUGUACAACAGCACAAGUGUGUUUCAAUUUCCAGGGAGGGUUUACAUGCCUGGACCCUUUACAAUGUGACACACCUUACAUUGAAUUUGGUGACAAUCAGUGUAUGUGCUCGGCUGAGAACCCAGAAUGCAGGAAUAAGCCCUUCACUAUCCUGUACCGGCACAUGGACCUGUCUUCAGGUCGCAGUGUGCCCGCAGACAUCUUCCAGAUGCAGGCCACCACACGCUACCCUGGGGCCUUCUACAUCUUCCAGAUCAAGUCGGGCAAUGAAGGCAGAGAAUUUUACAUGCGGCAAACCAGCAAUGUCAGUGCCACCUUGGUGCUGUCUCGACCCAUCCGGGGGCCCAGAGAAGUCGUCCUGGACCUGGAGAUGGUCACGGUCAACAACGUGAUCAACUUCCGAGGGAGCUCGAUCAUCCGGCUCACAAUAUAUGUCUCAGCGCACGCCUUCUAAAGGCCCCUACUGUGUGUGUCUGACCUCCCUGUUGUCCCUUAACACUCACAACUCUACAUUGUUCCCUCAACUGCAGUCUGUAACUCUGCCAGGACCUGGUCCUACACUCCACAUCUGGCAGCUCAGUUUGUCCAUAUGAUAUACUAAUCUAAAAAAAAUUCUCAACUACCAUUAUGUUCUAUGUGUGAAUGUAUGAGUGAGUAUGUUAGUGUGAGUGCUGGGGACGCUCCAGUCUCCCAACAACUGGACACUGUAUUACAUGGCUGCCUGCUCAAGAGCACUUCAUCUUCUAUGCUGAAGGAUAUUUAUGCAUAAGUAACGUAAGUUUGUUUGUGUUUGUUACCCCCACACCUCAAACUGCUUUUUUAAGAGUUAUGAGAAGCCAAAAAUGUGUAAUUUCUGCCAUUGAUGUAUAACUUCAUUCUUUCGUGUGGUCAUACACCUGGACGUGCCUCCAUGUCUGUUAGCCCUUACCUUUUGGGUAAACGAACUGUGAAAGCUUAUUAACAAUUUGGCUGUGCUUGGCAGUGGCCUCUUAGUAAAACGUUAGUAGUCAGAUAUGAGGUCAAUAUGAAUUUGAAAGGCCUUUUCCUUUCACUGAUGCAUCAUUUCAUUGACAUGAUUCAGAUUGUAAUAAUGUUUUUUGUGCAGAGGUUAAUUUGCUUAGUCCAAGUGGUGAAAAUUUGUAUAUUGUUUUUUUUUUUUGUUGUUAUUUUGUAUUUGAUGACACCCCCACAGAGAGCCUGGUCAGUGUAAUAAAGAUGUACUUGACCUGAAUAAUGGGUUUGUGUUAUUGA